AUGGUAAUAAUCAUAAUAAGUACAGCUACAACAACAGUGCCUCCAACUACAACAACCACAAUAGAGCUUCCAACUACAACUACAACAAUAGAUCUUCCAACUAUAAUUACACCAGAGCCCCCGACUACAACUAUAACAACAGUUCCUCCAACUACAACAACUACAAGAGAACCUCCAACUACAAUAACCACAACAGAGCUUCUUACUACAACUACAAAUGUGCCUCCAAAUACAACAAUGAUAACUGAGCCUACAACUACUUUAUUUACACCUGAGCCUCCAACUGUAACAACUGAGGCUCCAACUGCAACAGCAGAGCCUCCAACUACAACAAGAGAGCCUCCAAUUAUGACAACAGCAACUGAACCUUCAGCUAUGACUACAAGAAUUGAGCUUCCUACUAUAACUUCAACAACAACUAAACCUCCAACUACAACAACAACUAUAACCACAACUGAGUCUCUAACUACAACAACAACAAAUAAGCCUCCAACUGCAACUACAGCAAAAGAGCUUCCAUUUACAACUACAUCAGUUCCUCCUAUUACUACAACCACAACUGAGCCUCCAAAUACAACUACAACAGUUUCUCCACCUACAACAACAACUGAGCUUCCUACAACAAUUAGAAUAACGGAGCCUCAUAAUACAAAUGCAGCAGAGCCCUCGCCUGCAACAAUGACAGCUGAGCCUCCAACAACAACAACAACCACAACGGAACUUGCAACUGCAACAGAAUCCCCAGGUGUCUCAACCAUCGUGUCAACAUCACUGCCAGAUAUUGAGACAAAAGAAUUACAUCUCAAGGGAAUAAAACUCUCUGGCGAUGCUCUCCUGAUUGGCAUGCCCGUGUGGAUCGCGCGGCCUGCCAGUGCGGCCUGCUGA